AUGCUUUCGGUCGCAAACUAUUUGAAGAAGCCUCGGCGCGGUGAGCCACCACCCAGCGAUGUAGGGCCAGGGUCCGCAACCGAAACCGGUUCGGGGAUUGUGCAGUGCUUGAGAGUGAAGGGCUUUUGCGUCAUUAACCAUGCUGUCUCGGAAAAGAUGGUCGCAGGCGCAUCCGCCGAACUAGAAGCCCAAGAAUGGUACCAGCCGGCAGUCCUGAUUCAGGAAGGCUUGCUCGGCGUUGAGGGUUCAAAUCGAAUUGCCAAAAUGGCAUCAAUCGACUUUCCUGAAAGCAGCAGCGAGCAGUUUCAGGAUGGCCUCGCAGGCAUAGAUUUUGCAAUGUGGAAGCUUGCGGAGGCCAUCGGCCCUUUCCAGGACGAGAUCGGUUUCCGAUGUUGCGGUCGGAGUGUAGGGUUCCUUCACCAGGCGAGCGACCCCGACUUAGAAGAGGCAGAGCUCACCGACCAAGAAGCCAGCGACUGGAGCGCCAUCUUCACAAGCAGAAAGAUUCUGAUUAUGGUCUGUUUAGGCCCUGGCAAAGGGACCCUAGAAAUGCAGCCCUACGACGACGAGGCGAAUGUCUCAGAGAUCACCACAGUGCCCGGCCUUGUGGUCGUGCUCCGCACGGACCAGCUUUCCUUCAAGUUCUUCUGCAGAGGACGAGAGGCCACUCAUGUGGCCACCUCCUUCAUGCUGCAGAACGACAUUUUGCGAAUGCACAGAAACAAGCUGGAGGCGCACCUUACUCCACCCGCCCAAGAACUGGACCAAUGGAUCGACCAGCGCCUACGGGAGAUCAAGGAGAUGGAGCCCGAGGAGACAGAGGAUUGGACCGCCAAGGGAGACGUCCCCAGGAACUUUAUCCAUGCCGCGAAUCGGACUUGGUUCAAGCGCCAGACCACGGUCUGCAAGGGUGCAGCUGCCAGGUUACCAGUAACCUGGGAGCCGGAGGUGUUCUUCCUGGGCUUGACAGCAGGUGCCGACACAGUGAUCGAAGUUCCCAUCAUGCGAUGGGAGCAUGAUACAGUGUACGACCCUUCCCCCGAUGCGUGGAAGAAGGAUCCGCCCAUGACGAAUUGCAGGCACGCUUCCUUCGUUGACGGCGUUGAUCUCUUUGACAACAAGCUCUUUGGCUUGUCCCUGGCGGAGACCAAGGGCAUGGACCCUGGCCAACGCCUUGUGCUGGAAGUCACCUACGAUGCGCUCUACAGGAGUGGCAUGCGGAAGAACACACUGAUCAACUCCACGUGUGGUAUGUAUGUUGGAACUUCCAUGAGCGAAUGGAACUCGGCGGAAAAGGCUGCAGAUGUUGGUAUCUUUGGUGCUACGGGAGGAGCUCCGAGUAUCACUGCUGGUCGUCUGAGCUUUUGCCUUGGAUGCAAAGGGGCCAGUUUAGCCAUCGACACGGAGGCCGCUUCCGGGCUGUCCGCUUGCUUUUGGGCCGCCGAAGCCGUGGAGAAGAAGGGCGCUGGUCACAUCCAGGAGCUCUCCUGCGGUAUCGGCGUGCACCUUUGCCUGGCAAAGGCAUGGUGGCCGGCCCACACUGCGGCGGGCUUCCUUUGCCCAGGGGGGCGCUCCUUCACCUUCGACGCAAGCGCACAGGGCCAUGUGAGGUCGGAAGGCGUUGGCACCGUGGUGCUUCGAUGUCAAGAGAAGAUGGACGGUCAGGAGGAGAAAGAUGACCUGUCGGUUGGUACCAUUGUGGGUGGUGCCACCCAGAACAGUGGCAAAAGCGCUGGAAUGACUGCCCCUUCCGGUCCUGCAGAGCAGGCCGUGCUGGUGGAGGCCUGCAGAAAGUCGGGCAUCACCACGUUGGACGUGGAUGUCGUCGAGUGCCACGGAUCGGGCCGCUUCAUUGCCGAUGCGAUCGAGGCUGCCUCCUGCGGCCGAGCCUUGAGAGACGGUGCCGACUCGAACGAGGAGGAGAUGUCACAGUUCCGAGUCUUGCGAUGGCAUGCGCUCGCAAUGCAUGGCCUGCGAGCUUUCGCGUGCCAUGCUGCAAGGGCAGGCCUGGCGGGCUCGCUGACCGUGCAGGCCCAGCAGCGUCGUCGCGAACCGACUCACUGCUGUUCCUUGCCGCGAGCUUUCUCCCGGCAGCAGCUGGGCUGGGCUGGACAGCGAUCCAGAAGGUCCAGGGCCUGCGCCGGUGACAGAGAGCUUGUGCGAAUCGCAACUUUGAUCAACAAGCUUGUGGACAUGGACGGUUGGGACGAAGACCAAGAGCAAGAACUCUUUGAGCUCUCGGUGUCCGCUUGCUUGGAAGUGAUCUGCAAAGGUUUGGCACCGCCGCAUUACGACAUGCUCCACACGCCAAGAGGGCUGCUCGGCGAGAAGUCCGUGGCCCUCUUGACGGCGAACUUGGUACAGCAGUGCCAGCGGGAGUGCACUUUCCCGUACAUGGACGAGCAGGACAAGAUGAGGACGAUUCGUGCUGUCGUCUGGGUCAUCGUGGGGUCUUUGCAACCUGGCCGGACAAUCCGCUCCUACACCAAGGAGCUCUGUCGGGAUGAGGAGUCUACCCAGUCUGUGGUGGUGGAGGUUUUCAUCGAGGGAGCAAUGGAUGUUUUUUUCGACAGUGAGAUGCGCCACGCUUUGAUUCAGGACCUGAAGUCACAUAUCCCCGACCUCCCACUGGUGCCGUUUCUCUUCGAGAACAUCGCUGAAUUUCUUAUGAAAACGUUCAGCGACACAUUACAUGAAACACUCAAAGAUGCAUACUUUGUUUUCGUCGAUGCUCGCAAGAAUCGUGAAGACCUUCCAGUCCUCCCGGCGGUUCUUUCCGGCGACCUGCAAAUGCAAGAGAGCCUUCUGAUGCAAUACUGCGGCCGGCCCUUCAUGUUGCAGCUUCGACGUCUCCUCAUCGACCGUUUGUUGGAGGACAACUCCAACAGCCUUCCGAUGUUUAUAUCCAAGCUGUCCUUGAGAACACAGGCCUUGGUCCUCGGUCGCUUCGUGGAUCUGCUGUUCAGGGCUUUGCCGGGAUUGGCCAAAAUCGAGGACACUGUCCAGCCAUUCCACCGAUUUAUGCACGACUCCUCACGCGGCCUGCAUCUCCCGACGCCGGCGCAUCCUGCUCCGGUUCAUGUAGACAUGGUGCCUUUGGAUGACAUCAGUACUGCUUGGCACAAGCAGUUGAGGGAGUCACUUGGACGAUGGCGAGAUGCGUUUGCGCGCACGCGCCGGCCCGAGGAGUUCCGCCCGCUGCUCAACAGAGAACGGCUCUUGGUCGGAAGCGGGUUGGCACGCGGCCAAAGCUUCGAGAGCGCGGAUGAAAGCCCGGGAUCGAGCUCCACACCCAGGUCCAGCGCCGCAUACUUCGAGCGAUACGAAGCCGAGCUUGAAGAGCUCCGACAGGAGGAUCUCUCCUUCAAGACUUUUCAGACGAGCCCCAACAAUUUGGAGCGCUCACCGAGCAAAAAUUCAAUGUUGCAGCUGUGCAGCAUGAAGACCAAUAUCGGCAACUGCAUUGAGACUUCUGGCAUCGCAAGCUUGAUCAAGACGUUCCAUAGCAUCAGGUGGGGCAUUGUGUGUGCGAACAACCACCUGAACCAGCUCAACCCACACUUGGACAUUUCAAGCUGCCCGCUCCUGAUGUGUACCGAGCCCACGGAGCAGAAGCUCAGCGCUGUCUUUGUGGGCGUUUCCUCCUGGGGUUUCGGAGGAACCAACGUCCACAUGCACUGCUACGGAGGCGUGGACGAGGAGAUCCGCCUUCCGCCAGAGCCAACCCCACAGGAGCUGAGACCAAGGCUGUCUUACUGGCCGAGUGGCGGUGGUGACCUGGGAAGCAUGAGCCGGCCGCGGAGGGGAUUCUUCAUCAUUGGCUCAUGGAGCGGCUGGACCGAGCCGGAGCCGAUGGAGGACGAAGGGGAUGGCUGCUAUGGCUACACGCUUGUCCUCGGUGAUACGAGAUGGGAGCAGUUCCAGCUGCUCAUUGACAAUAGCUAUUCCAAGGUGUUACAUCCACAGCGGUACAAGGCGCCGAAGGGAACCGAGGUGUUUGGGCCAACCCGUCAGGAGGAAGUCAUGCAGGACAGCACUUGGUUUGUGGAUGGACGACCCAACAACACCCAGAUCCGUGCCAUCACGGCUUCAGCAGGUGCGACGGCGGUGGCGACUCCAGAGCCUUUGACCUUCACCAACGAGGACGAGGGUCUGCCAGGUCAGCUGUACCGCAUUCGCCUGCAUAUUGCUGGCAAGUGGAGAACGGUCACAUGGGCGAAAGCGAAAGAGGCUCCACAGGGCCUUCUCGCCCUGAAAGGACCCGAGGCCAAGUACUACGUCGCAGGGAGCUGGAAUAACUAUCGUUUCGAAGAGAUGACGGCCGUGAGCGAUGGAACCUACACGUGCGAGGUGUCCCUGUCCUCUGGCCCCAAUCGGUUCCAGAUCACAAGAAAUGGUGACUGGCACCAAGCGAUUUUCCCAGUGUCACCAAAUGCUGGUCCAACCGUCGAGAUCGAAGGGCCAAGCGAUCGGAAAGAUCGACACUGGUUAGUCAGCGCGACUGCCGGCGAGAAGCUGAAGAUUACAUUCCAGCGCACAAUCGAUGCGUCGGGCAGCAGCAAGAUGAAGGUGCUCUGGGAGAAGUUGUAA